AUCGGGAGUGCAUGCUCCCACAACACCAUGACCAGAACCUGAAGCAGCAAACCUGGACAUGGCGGAUGAGAUCGAAGAUGACGGGCCUCGUCGGCCUGCUCCGACCGUGUCGCGAACCGGAACCGCCACCACUGCCUUGAACCCAUCGCAUGCCUCUGCCUCUGCCUCUGGCUCGCGUCAACAUCCACUUCCACAUCAACAUGUAGCACCGGCCCGACAACAACAAGGCAUGGACCGACAAAGUGGCGCCUCGUCGACUACCAAAACGGGAGUGCAGCAGCCAAAGCCGCAAGCAUUGCCCCGACGAGCCGGCCCAGCCUCCAUCAUUGUCUCGCCACGACAGAAGGGCAAUCCUCUCCUGGAAAAGAUCAAGUCGCUGCCCUGGGAAUACGGCGAUAUACCAGCCGAUUAUGUCCUCGGGGUGACGACGUGUGCCCUCUUCCUGAGCCUGAAGUAUCAUCGCCUCCAUCCCGAGUACAUUUACACGCGAAUCAAGAACCUGCAGGGCAAGUAUGCGCUCCGUAUUGUCUUGUGCAUGGUGGACAUUCAGAAUCACGAGGAAAGCUUGAAGGAACUGAGCAAGACGAGUGUCAUCAACAAUGUCACCAUCAUUCUCUGCUGGUCUGCUGCCGAAGGUGCACGAUACCUGGAGUUAUUCAAGACCUACGAACAUGCCGCCCCCACUUCAAUCAAACAACACCAGUCUACAUCAUACAGUGAUCGCAUGGUGGACUUUGUGACUACUCCCAGGUCCAUCAAUAAGACCGACGCAGUCUCCUUAGUAUCUCAAUUCGGCACGCUCCGAACUGCGGUGAAUGCAAGGCACGAAGAAGUCGCCUCCAUCGGAGGCUGGGGUGAGAAGAAGGUACAGCAAUGGGUUGGGAGCGUCACUGAACCGUUCAGAGUCCAACGCGCUGCCAAGCGUGGAUUGCAGCUAGAGAAUAUGGUGGCCAGUCAACCAAUUUCACUAUCGCGAGGUGUUGCACGAGCAGAGCCCGAGUCGACCACGGAUACUCCUACUUUCAGUCAUGCUGAUACUGACCACCAGGCUGAUGCGGAUCGUCGUCCUCCCAUCCGCCUUGCAGAGCCUGGACUCGGAGCAGAUCUAGCCGUUGAAGAUGAAGCGGUGUUUGCAGAGGCCAUGAACGCGGCAAUGCUGCCCACGAAGAAGGCAUCCGGCCCUGUGCGGGAAGAGCCAGUAGCGGAGCCAUCGAGAAAACGAAAACAGGAUGAAGAAACUCUCAGCGAUGGGGUGAUGGCUGCAUUAGCUAAGCUGAGAAAGCCCGGCUGAGUCUGUCGCUCUCAUCGAAGAGAUGCAUGCCAAUCAAGACUAAUCGAAGGCCCCCUUGGCAAGUCCUUUUGCAGAACCGACCACGUUCAAGCAGAAGUGAUCAUCUUUACCAUGGCCAGCAUUGAUAGAGUCUCUCUCGCGACUAAGCGCGGCACAUGUCUCGUUUUGAAGCAGCCCUUUGGCAGGGAGCCUGCAUGGCACUAGUCUGCCUCUUUUCCAUCUGCUUGAAUCUUCUCGAGAAGUGAGGACAGCACACAUCGCCAUCGUUGGUCACGUUAAACCUCCGCGCGUGCUACCUGCUUGCUCAUCCUGCGCCACUCCUGCCGGCUCAUGUUGAUGGAGAACGUCGCUGCGCAAGCUACGCCACCAGUAUGCAAGUGAGACGUCGAAGUGUUCAGGUUUGGCACUUGGAACUUGUUAGCCUUCCUGGCUCAGCUUGCGCGAUCCGACUCCAUGUUGAUGUGUGCAACACCUUACUAAAUCACUCUGCAAUGGACCUGAGAAGAGUGUCGACGAGUUGAGUAUUUCGGAUCGCCGAUAUCAUCCGCGUCAGACAAUUCUCACACUUGGGUACGGUCAAAGCCGUUUGCAUUGCCUCGCGCGAAGUGUGAAAGGAGAAGGGAGAAGGGAAAGCUCAACUUCUCACUAUCCAUAGUUUGAAGAGUGUUGAGUAACAAAUAUCAUGUGCUCAAACAGACACGCAAAGGCAUGCAGCGGUCGGCGGCGGUAUGGAUAGUUUGCAGAGAACAAUUUGGGGGCACACCUUCUCCAUCUCCCUCCUCCUCCUUCUUCUUUCCCAAAUCCCUUUCAAG